AUGGACAAGUUAGGAAAAGGUUCUGGAUUCAGGAGAAAUACCUCGGUUAGGUCUUGGCAACCAGCAACCACACCUCUGGCGCAACCAGCCUCAGCUCCAUCUGUGUCUCUCAGCAGCACCCAACCCAGAAGACCUGUCGUCGCACAACCGGCUACUCGGGCCUGGGCGGACGAGCAGGCAGCACUGCGGCAGGACCAGGUUCAACAGGACAAGAUCUGGAGAGAGUCAGUAGAGGCUGAACAGAGAGGAAGAAAAAUCUGGUACCAGAACUGGAGUUUCCUAAAGGACUACGACCAAAUGGGUAAGAAAAAGGAGCAGAAGCCACUGCCAAACUAUAUGCCUGUGUUCUCAAGCAAAGUUCCCAACUCGACCAACCAGACCAUUGGCAGCCGAAUGAAUACUGAACUUGGCAGGGCUCUGGUAAACAUGGAUUACUUCUUCAGCAGUGGAGCACGAAAGAGGAAACUUGAGCAUGAGCUCCAGCUUUCCUAA